AUGACGUUCCUUCCCCGGAUCGCGUACCCAGCCUCAAGGCAACGACAAAACUUUCUCGACCUGAUCAAGCAGGGGUACUGGUCUCCCCACACGGCUUCUGUGGAUCAGUGAGUGCGAAGACGUGAGACUCAACGAGCCAAAGCUCAUUCAGCGAGUUGCUGAAACAAUGCCUUCAUGACGGUCACAUUGAAGUUGCGAGCUCAACUAUUCCAAGUCGGAAUGGAUCGCCGAGUACUACAACACCAUAACAAGUUUGGUGAUAGGUGAGCGUUCGCAUUAUGACGCGGAAGGCAUCGACGAGCCAGCCCAGCCCCUGAAGCUUUUCACUUUGAUGUAUCAAGUCAUCCUGGGCAUGCAAGCUUUCGCAAGUUCAAUUCGACAAAAGUUUCCAAAAAGAUUCCGAAUCGUAAGUUUUGGAAUCGUGAUGCUCGGCAUCACCUCCUCGCUCCACCACGCCACUCUAGACUUCAAGAUCCAGCUCUUGGACGAAUUGGUCGUCGUCUGGCUCACUUCGUUGGUGGCGUGGAUCGUAUGGGAUAUGACACCGGUUGCGCAAGUUGCGAACUGGCAUACGCGGAUUACAAUGAUCAUCGUCAAUGCGGUGUUCACGAUUUUGCAUGCCCUGCGUCGCGAGUACGUUUGGUUUUCGAGACAGCCCGUGGUGGAAAAAUUCCGAAUUACGACGUGCAGCUGAUAAGGCCAUCCGGCUUCUCAACUCAAUAUAUAGCCCAGUAUUGAUGGAGCUCUACCACGGUUGGACGUCGGUUCUGUUAACCGCUCGCUUGGGCCAGCUCUUGAUGUCGAACGCCCCUCCGGAUUCCAAAGGGGUGCAAGAGGGUCGUCGGAUGAUUCGUUCCGCUGCUUCGCUAGGAGGUUAGUGAUCCAUGCAGUACCAAUCCCUGACUGAUAUUAACCCCCUGAUGAUAUAACGUGAAUUCGAUAUCACAGGCUUCGCCCUCAUCGCCCACAAAGCGGACCGUUCAUUCUGCAUCCCUUCGACGGCACUUAAGAUUCUCGUCCUUCCGCGCCUCGCAUUCCUGCUCGAGGGUCACGCAUGGUCCCAUGUUCUGACGGGGCUUAGUCUACAGCGUUUGAUCUUUGGGAUUUCUUUGAUCACCAUGUCUAUUCGGGAUGAUCCGGCUCAUUGGGUGGGAAUGACAUGCGGGUGGAUCGAGGUUGUCGAAAGGACUGAACAGGGAUGGAAGGCGCUGGAGAAGGACUCUUCUUCAUCAAGGAGGGAAAUCACGCAAGCGGCGUGA